UUGCUUGCAUGUUUCCUGGCGGUUGCCGCGUUUGGCUCGAUUGAGCUCCUGCUUCUGAUAUUUGACUUCUUCAAACGUCGCCGGGGGUUAUACUUCUGGAGCCUGCUCUUAUCGACCUUGGCCACCCUCAUCUUCACCGUUGUCAUUACGCUUCUGUGGUUCGCUGUACCCCAAGCACGCUUUGGGCUGGUCUUCGUCAUUGUGAUUUGCUAUCCCACCCUCAAUGUCGGCAACACCCUGGUCAUCUACUCGCGGCUUCACCUCGUCACCAGUGGCCGCAAGAUCCGAUGGCUAUUUUGGAUGAUCGUCAUUAGUUCGGUGGUGUUUCUACUCCCACAGGCCAUCAUCGUCACUAUUUCCGCCUCUCCCGAUGGUGAACAUGUCAGGAAACUUUACAAAAUCUUCGAGAAGCUGUCCGUGACAGCCACCUGCGUACGCGAGAUGAUCGUGGGCGGCGUCUUCGUCUGGGCGACAGCCCGCAACCUCAAGCCCCUGAUCAUGAUCAAGGGCCGUGAAGGGCGUAAGAUGGUCUUCUACCUGAUCGUCGCGACCACUAUGAUGGUUGUCACCGACAUCAUCAUCGUA